UGCAGCCGUGUGUGUGGUGGUGGCGGUGAUGAUGGUGGCAGCCUCAGCAAUGCCCGCCCCUGGACUCCACGGUGGAAGCGGUGGAAGCGGUGGAAGCAGCUACGGUGGAGGAGGCUUCGGUAGUGGAGGUUUCGGUGGAGGAGGUUUCGGUGGAGGAGGCUUCGGUAACGGAGGCUUGGGUGGAGGAAACUUCGGUAACUUUGGCGGAUUGGGUGGAUUGGGUGGAGUAGGUGGAUUGGGUGGACUAGGUGGACUUGGCGGUCUCGGAAGUGGAGGUGGAUACUACAGAAGUGCAGGAUUUGGCAAUGGAGGUUUCGGAAAUGGAGGUUUCGGAUCAGGUGGAGGCUUUGGUAGACUGUUUAGUGGCGGCUCCUUCGGGGAUGGAUCCUUCGGCAGUGGAUUGGGCAGUGGAUCAUUCGGUGGAGGAUCCUUCGGGGGUUCUGGCGGCAGCUACGGCGGCGGCAGCUCCUCCAGUGGCAGUUACGGGUACAGGAAGUGAGCGCCUCCAUUACAAGCUCCACCUCCACUAUGGGUAUACUCCACUAGGGAUUUUGUUUUCCACCCCAGCACUUGAUCAAUAACCAAUAAUUCCACUUUAGUCGUGUAUCACUUUUUGUAAACCACUUUCUGCUCUAAAUUGUUAAGUUCAUAUAAAUUCAAAGAAAGGAUUGUUUAAAGAAUAUUGUAUUGGUGGCAGUAAUCAUGUUUUGCAUAAAUAAAUAUUAAAAAAAGUAA